GCCAGGCAGGUGCGUCGGCUGCUGGUUUGUUUACAAUGUUGACGGGAAGGCCGCCCCCUGUCUUUCCUCGCCUUGUGUGGACGCUGGUGUGUAAUAGAGUUGCUAAUACCACCACUAGACAUCCCAGGCUGACUCGGGCAGUGGGAACGUCAGUGGUAAAGAGUGAUGAGGCGAGCAGAAAGGCGAGAGAAGAGGGAGAUGUUGGGAAGGACGGGGGAACAGUGGUGGGCAUCGUCUCUGACGUGAGGGACGACACAGUGGUACAGUUAGUGGCAUCCCUCACCCAGGACCAGAGGACUAUGAUCAUGGACGAGAUACACCAACUCCAGGCUGUUGAGGCUAAGAAGAAGGCGGAAGAGAAGCUGGCGUCUUGGCGAUGGCGAUCACGUUUUGGCCGGCCCACAUCUCUACACUCCCUCGGGGCUGACCCCACUGGCACCUACUGUGAGAUACCUCAAGAUUGGCUCCAGAAGAAAAUGGCUGAGAAGGCAAAGCCCAAACCCCCCACUGGAGCAGAGCUGAGGCAGUUGGCUGUGCAUAAUGCUCUCCCAUUUAUUGGUUUUGGCUUCCUCGACAACUUUGUCAUGAUAGUUGCUGGUGAUUAUAUUGACGUGACUAUCGGAACCAAUCUGGGCAUCAGCACAAUGGCAGCUGCGGCGUUGGGCAAUACUAUUAGUGAUCUGGCAGGCAUAGGGUCUGCCUGGUACGUCGAGAACAUUGCCGUGAAGAUCGGUAUCCGCGCCCCCGAACUGUGUCAGGAGCAGCUGGACAGAUGGUCAUCCAGAUGGGUCGCCAAUUUGGGUCGAGGUUUUGGUGUGGUCCUGGGCUGCCUACUUGGGAUGUUCCCGCUAAUGUUUUUGCCACUACACGACGAAGACAAAAAGGUUGUUGUGGAGAGCUGAGCGGUCCAUCACCACAGUACUGUACCAUCUCAUCUUGUCGGUUAAGAAUUAUUUCAUUAUUUAAAUACUCUUUUGGAUGUAUUUUUCUCAGAGUUUAUUCAUAACUUCUAAUAACGCCUGGGCUCCUGCGGCGAAUAUACGAGGUCACGACCCUCGGUUUGGUGUUUAUCAUGUGUGAGGGUCAUGGUCCUUUAUGCAUGUUCAUGUUAUUACCUUUGCAAUUCUUUCCACCACUGGAGACAUGGCAUAGUGUAAGAUAUUGGGGACAAGUGUGUAGGUGGACCUCAUGUUGAAGGUGACACAGUUCAUGGGAUGCCUGGCUGGUCACGUAACUCUCACAACUGACCCCAGAUCACGGAGGUUUUACUCGCGUCGUACUCAAGCUUGGUGUUGGGGAAGGAAUAUUCUCAGGGCUUGAUGUAAUUGCCAUAAAUAACAAGGUUUUAACCACCCCCCUCAGCUCAACUAUGUAUAAAAUUACUUUCGAAUAUACAGGUACGUGUAACAGCAAUAUGUAGUGGUGGUAUGGGGUGUGAAUUAUACCCCUAAGUCUCUCUAAAACAGAUAUUAUUGCUGCUGUAAAUAUAGUGAAGUAGACUCAUCAGGCAACUGCGCCAUAGAGGAUUAGUCCGUGUUACAAGUCAUGCUUCACUCACGUCAUCCUCGAUCAUUAGGUGCAACUUUAAUAUUCAGUUUCCCAUUAUUUCUCUAAGUGCCUAAGCAUGAAGUCAAAGAUCAAGUUUGUGAAGUUAGAUGAAGUUAAAGAUCAAGUUUGGUGAAGUUAGAUGAAGUUAAAGAUCAAGUUUGGUGAAGUUAGAUGAAGUUAAAGGUCAAGUUUGUUGAAGUUAGAUGAAGUUAAAGAUCAAGUUGGGUGAAGUUACUGAAGGAUUCUGUUGUGUCUCAUGAUCUGAUUCUCAAUUUUGUGUUGUAAAUGACACAGAUGGAAUAUGUUUUUUAUGUUAUAUACCAGCCAGUAACACCAAGACUACUAUUACCCAGCAAGAGAUAAAAAAAGAGUUUUUAUUAUAAACUAAACUGUUGAUAUAGUGUCAUGGUGAAGACUUGAUCAGGGUGUGGUUCUCCCUCCCUCCCUCUUUAUGGUAAAGGUCUCGGUUGAUGGUGAGUGUGAUUUAUUUUUACCUCAGUGCGUUUUUCGGUUAUUAGUGCAGGGUGAUGCGCUCGCAGGUGGUCUUGGGAUUUCGUUGAUGUGGACAUUAUUUACGUGACAAUAAAUAAGAGAGAGACACACACACACACACAUUUGAGAAUAUAACACCAGCAACUGUAGAGAGAAAUACACAAAAUGAUAAUAUUGUACAUCAUAAAUAAAGGAUAUAUUAAGUGAUACUCUGGGGCUACAAGCGAGUGAAUAACCCUGUGUAUUUAUUUAUUUUACAAUGUAUGGUUGUAAGAUUAUGGUGAAUGAUUAACACCAAUAUACAGUACAAAUGUAUGACACUUCUUGAUGUUAUAACAAAAAUCAAGAACUUGGUGAGUGUUUUAAUGUAAUGUUUGCCGUACUUAGUAUUGUUUCUGUCUUAUCAUUAUUUAUAAUGCUAUAUAAAUCACAACUCUAGGUGCAUCACAACCCCAGAUACUGUAUGUGCUAUAUAACAACCAUAGGUGCAUCACAACCCCACGUGUGUGUUAUUAUGUUGAGCUGAGGGGGUUCACAUAACUCUGCAGUCACCAUUAUCGGGUGCAGGGGUGACUGGGAACACAACCUGAAACACUACAACACACAAUGGUGAUGUUGUUUACAAGAUCAACUGUCCAUCUUGUAAAAUACAGUCUUCAAUUUGUAAUGUUUGUUUUAAGUUGUGUCCAGUUCAUAUGCAAGAGACAAAGAGUUCAAUUUACAACAUGGAAUCUAGUUAAGCUUUCAAAACAUGUGCUGCUAUUAUAAUAGGUUGGGCAUCGUCAGCUUGCUCUUGGUGUAGGAAAUGAUAUUAUGUACUGUAUAUAUACCUAGAUAGAGAAAUAGGUUGAUAUGCUAUUUAUUUUUAGAUGAGAUUAACAGCUUAUUGGAUAUACUGUACAGCAUAGGUACUGAUAGACUGAUGUAGAGGUCGUGUGUCAACAGCGAGUGCCUAAGUAGAGCUGAGAUACUGUAUUAGAUGUUUGCCUCAAGUAGAAAAGAACACAAUGUUUGCCAGUGAGCAAUUCAGCCCGUUUAUAGAGAGUUAAGUUUUGAUCUCGGUGAUUAGAACAUAAAUGAACUUAUGUAUUAAGCCAUCCUGAGCACUACAGUACAGUACAGGAAAAAUAUUGUUGUGUUUAUUACAGAUGAUACAUAAACUUUUCAUAUUGAAUGUUUACUGUAAUAACCAGAAUUAUAGAAUCAUGAAAUUUCUCAAAAUGUUAUAAGAGGAAGCUGGCUGGUCAAGAGUGCCAGGAUGUGCUGUGGGUCUCUAUUGGUCUUGUUGUCUGGCCAACAUUGUGCUGCUUCUUAAACUAGAUUGAGAUCAUACAAUGUGUAGGUUGUCCUGGUGUAGUGUAUAGGCUGUUCACACCAGGUAGACUGUUGAGUUAGACCUCAGCAGGUAGAACCUCUGUUGUAAGAUGCUCCGGAUUUUGAGUAAGAUACUGUACUGUAGUUGUUGAAAUGUUGACUACUUUAGUGCACACUAACAGGUAAUAAGUAGCUAUAUGUAACAUUGGUGCUAAUAAAAACAAGAGUGAUCAAUAUGUGUGUGUGUGUGUGUGAGAGAAAGGGAGAGUUAGGUAUCGAAUGCAAUAUUUAAGUAUACAUACAAGUAUGUACUAUACUUGAUUUUUAAAAUUGGGAAAAUUAUUCACAAACCCAAAAUUGAGAAAUUUUUGCCAAAAAUUCUGAGCAAAUUUCAGUUCCAGUUAACAGAGAGUUUAACUAAUUAAGUACUUCCAGAGUAACACUUAAGCGCCAAAAUUGUACCUCAGUAACCUAUAGUUGGCGAGUAAUUAGCAUUGAAAAAUGUCAUUAAAAUAUUCCAAGCGUCAUUACAACCACUACUUAUCCUGCAAUCGAAUCUUGGACCACAUAUUCGGAAUC